CGGGGUCAUCCCCACGCUCACACCAUGGGUCCCGGCCGCAGGACGCUGGCCGUGCUCUGGGCCCUGGUCCUGGCCUGUGCCCAGCACUCAGGCUUGGCCCAGGAGGACUCCCUGAAAUCCAGCCACGAGACCUCCCCCAACCUCUCUCCCCAGCAAGGACACGGGGGCCGCCCACUCCUCGGGGUGACCGUCCUGCCCCCUCUGACGACUGCCCCUGUGUUGCGAGCCCUGAACCCCGCACACACGGGGCGCGUCUGCAGCACCUGGGGCGACUUCCACUACAAGACCUUCGACGGCGCCGUCUUCCGCUUCCCCGGCCUCUGCAACUACGUGUUCUCCGCGCACUGUGGCGCCGCCUACGAGGACUUCAACGUGCAGCUGCGCCGAGGCCCGGGGUCCAGUGCCACGGCCCCUAACAGGGUCGUCAUGAAGCUCAACGGCCUGGUCGUCGAGCUGGCCAGGGACUCCGUCCUGGUCAACAGUCACCCGGUCCAGCUGCCUUUCAGCCAGGCCGGAGUCCUCAUAGAGCACAGCAACGGCUACGUGAAGGUGGUGGCCAAGCUGGGCCUGGUGUUCACCUGGAACCCGGAUGACAGCCUCACGCUGGAGCUGGACACCAAAUACGCCAACAAGACCUGCGGGCUCUGCGGAGACUUCAAUGGUGUCCCGGAGGCCGGCGAGUUCCUGUCCCACAAUGCCAGGUUGACCCCUCUGGAGUUCGGAAACUUGCAGAAGAUGGAUGGCCCCAUGGAGCAGUGCCAGGACCCCAGCCCUGCACCCCAGAACUGCUCGAUCAGUCUUGGCAUCUGCGAGGAGCUGCUGAACAGCUGGCUGUUUGCGGGCUGCACAGACCUGGUGGAGGUCAGCGGCUACGUUGAGGCCUGCCAGCAGGACCUCUGCCACUGCAAGCGCGCCCACCUUCCUGACUGCCUCUGCCACACCCUCGCCGAGUUCUCCCGGCAGUGUGCCCACGCCGGCGGGCAGCCCCAGGACUGGCGGAGUCCCGAUCUCUGUCCCCAGACGUGCUCGGCCGGCAUGCAGCACCGAGAGUGCGGCUCACCCUGCACUGACACCUGCUCCAACCCCCAGCGCUCCCAGCUGUGCGAGGACCACUGCGUGGCCAGCUGCUUCUGCCCCGAGGGGAUGGUGCUGGACGACAUCCAGCACGCCGGCUGUGUUCCUGUGUCCCAGUGUGCUUGUGUGUACAACGGGACCUCCUAUGCGCCGGGGGCCAACUACUCCACAGACUGUACAGAGUGCACCUGCAUGGGAGGUCACUGGCGCUGCCAGGAGCUGCCAUGCCCCGGAACCUGCUCGGUGCUGGGCGGUGCCCACUUGUCCACAUUCGAUGAGAAGGAGUACACGGUGCACGGGGACUGCAGCUACGUGGUGACCAAGCCCUGUCAGGGUAGCACCUUUGCCGUGCUGGCCGAGCUGCGCCGGUGUGGGCUGACGGACAGCGAGACCUGCCUGAAGAGCGUGACCCUGAGCCUGGGCGGGGGGCAGACGGUGGUGGUGGUGAAGGCCAGUGGCGAGGUGUUCAUGAACCAGAUCUACACCCAGCUGCCAGUCUCUGCAGCCAACGUCACCAUCCUGAAACCCUCCACUUUCUUCAUCAUCGCGGAGACCAACCUGGGGCUGCAGCUGCAUGUCCAGCUGGUGCCCACUAUGCAGCUGUUCGUGCAGCUGGCGCCUGAGCUCCAAGGACAGACCUGUGGUCUCUGCGGGAACUUCAACCAGAACCAGGCCGACGACUUCCGGACCAUCAGCGGGGUGGUGGAGGGCACAGGCGCCGCCUUCGCCAACACCUGGAAGACCCAGGCCUCCUGCCCCAAUGCCAAGAACAGCUUCGAGGACCCCUGCUCGCUCAGCGUGGAGAAUGAGAAGUACGCCCAGCACUGGUGCGCGCUGCUGACGGACGCUGAUGGCCCCUUUGCCCAGUGCCACGCCACCGUGAACCCCAACUCCUACUACUCGAACUGCAUGUUCGACACGUGCAACUGCGAGAAGAGCGAGGACUGCCUGUGCGCCGCCCUGUCCUCCUACGUGCAGGCCUGCGCCGCCAAGGGCGUGCUGCUCCGCGGCUGGCGGGACGGCGUCUGCACGAAGCCCACGACCACCUGCCCCAAGUCGAUGGUCUACCAGGAGCACCUGAGCACCUGUCAGCCCACCUGCCGCAGCCUCAGUGAGGCAGACGUCACCUGUAGCGUGUCCUUCGUGCCCGUGGACGGCUGUGCCUGCCCCGCGGGCACCUUCCUGGAUGAGGCGGGCGCAUGUGUGCUGGCCCACGAGUGUCCCUGCUACCACGGGGGCUCUGUGGUCCCCAGUGGCGAGUCUGUGCAUGACAGCGGGGCUGUCUGCACUUGCACACGGGGCACGCUGACCUGCAUCGGGAGGCUCGAGCCCAGCCCAGCGUGCUAUGCGCCCAUGGUGUACUUCGACUGCCGCAACGCCACCCUGGGGGCUGCUGGGGCUAGCUGCCAGAAGAGCUGUCAUACCCUGGACAUGGCCUGCUACAGCACCCAGUGCAUCUCGGGCUGCGUGUGCCCUGAUGGGCUGGUGGCGGACGGUGACGGAGGCUGCGUUGCCGAGGAGGACUGUCCUUGCGUGCACAACGAGGCCAGCUACCGGCCUGGGGAGACUGUCCUCGAUGGCUGCAAUACCUGCACCUGUGAGAACCGGAUGUGGCGGUGCACGGACGAACCCUGUCUGGCCACCUGUGCCGUCUAUGGGGAUGGCCACUUCCUCACCUUCGACGGGCAGCGCUACACCUUCAAUGGGGCCUGCGAGUACACGCUGGUGCAGGACCAGUGUGGUGGGAAUGGCAGUGCUGGGGAUGCCUUCCGCGUGAUCACCGAGAACGUCCCCUGCGGCACCAUGGGGACCACCUGCUCCAAGGACAUCAAGAUCUUCCUGGGGAGCUACGAGCUGAAGCUGAGCAGUGGGAAGGUGGAGGUGGUCCAGAUGGGCACCGGGCAGGAGCCGCCCUACACUGUGCGCCAGAUGGGCAUCUACUUGGUGGUGGACACUGAUGCUGGCCUCGUGCUGCUCUGGGACCGGAAAACCAGUCUCUUCCUCAUGCUCAGUCCCGAGUUCAAGGGCAGGGUCUGUGGCCUGUGCGGGAACUUCGAUGACAACGCCAUCAAUGACCUGACCACGCGCAGCCAGGCUGUGGUGGGUGAUGCGCUGGAGUUCGGGAACAGCUGGAAGUUCUCACCCACCUGCCCGGAUGCUGUGGCGCCCAAGGACCCCUGCACAGCCAACCCGUACCGCAAGUCCUGGGCCCAGAGGCAGUGCAGCAUCAUCAACAGUGCCACCUUUGCCACCUGCCAUGCCCACGUGGAGCCGGCCAAGUACUACGAGGCUUGUGUGAGCGACAGCUGCGCCUGCGACUCGGGGGGCGACUGCGAGUGCUUCUGCACCGCCGUGGCUGCCUACGCCCAGGCCUGCCAUGCGGCGGGGGUGUGUGUGUCCUGGAGGACGCCCGACGUCUGCCCACUCUUCUGCGACUACUACAACCCCGCCGGGGAGUGCGAGUGGCACUACCAGCCCUGCGGGGCGCCCUGCCUGCGCACCUGCCGGAACCCCAGCGGCCGCUGCCUUCAGGACCUUCGCGGCCUGGAAGGCUGCUACCCCAAAUGCCCCCCGGGGGCUCCUAUCUUCGACGAGGAGAAGAUGCAGUGUGUGGCCGAGUGCCCUUCCUCCACCUCCGCGCCGCCCUGCCACAUCCACGGGAAGUUGUACCGUGUGGGCGCAGCAGUGCCCUCUGCUGAGAACUGCCAGUCCUGCGUCUGCACGGAGAGUGGUGUGCGCUGCACCUACGACACCGAGGCUUGCUUCUGCACCUAUGAUGGACGGCGCUUCCAGCCAGGGGCCAAGAUCUACCACACGACGGAUGGCAUGGGUGGCUGCCUCUCUGCCAGUUGUGGGGCCAAUGGCACCAUCGAGAGGAGGGUCUACGCCUGCGGCUCCCUCAGCACCCUGCCGCCCACCACCUUCACCUUCUCCACGGUGUCCCAGGCCAAGAGCUCGACACACUCCCCAGGCACACAGCCUCCCUCCACCCGGAGCACAGCACCCACAGGCCCCCGGAGCAGCACCCGGCCCCUUGCCACCCACACGUCGCGCAGGGAGACGUCGGCCGAGGCCCCCACGACCUCCUGGCCUUGUGGGGAGGAGUGCGUGUGGUCCCCUUGGCUGGACGUCAGCCACCCUGGGCGUGGCAUUGACAGCGGGGACUUCGACACACUGGAGAACCUUCGUGCCCACGGGUACCAGCUGUGCCAAGCACCCAGGGAGGUGCAGUGCCGGGCAGAGGAUGCCCCCGACGUGCCCCUGGACGUCCUAGGACAGCGUGUGGAGUGCAGCCCCUCUGUGGGGCUCACCUGCCACAACCGGGACCAGGUGUCAGGGCUCUGUGACAACUACCAGGUCCGGGUCCUGUGCUGCCACCCUGUGCCCUGCCCCACUUUCUCUGGCCCCACAGCCUCCUCUUCUGCUCCCAUCACGCACACGGGCCUGGCCACUGUCCCCACUGCCACAGUGACCCCCUCACCAGCUACAGCCACAGUCUCGGUCUCGAGUGCGAAGCCGGGGCCAAACACCGCGUCCUGUCGACAAGAGCAGUGCACCUGGACCGGCUGGAUCGACGGCAGCUACCCUGGGUCCAGCAGAGACAGUGGCGACUUUGACACCUUUCCUGACCUGCGGGCACGCGGAUACAAGUUCUGCGACAGGCCCCGGAGUGUGGAGUGCCGAGCGCAGUUCUUCCCGGACACACCGCUGGCCGAGCUAGAGCAGAAGGUGACCUGCAACACUGAGGUGGGGCUGCUCUGCCUGAACCGGGAGCAGCUGCCGCCCAUGUGCUACAACUACGAGAUCCGCAUACAGUGCUGCGAGUGGGUGGACAGGUGCGGGGUGACAUCCAGCACGCCUGCGACCUUGGCCACCCCUCAGCCCACCGAGCUCCAGGCCAGUACCUCUACACAGGCCACCCAAACCCCGGGGACACACACUUCUUGGGUGUCCACGACCGGGACCCACAGCACCUUUACCCUCAGACCCCACACCAGCACCACUUCCGUCCCCACGACAACCUCCACCUCCACCCUCACCCAUACAACCUCACUGCCUGCUACCACAGACUGUCGGGCCCAGUGCUCCUGGACUCCCUGGUUUGACGUGGACUCACCGGAGCCAGGGUCACAUGGCGGGGACCUGGAGACCUACGACCACAUCCUCCAGAAGGGACACAGCCUCUGCCGUAGACCCGAGGAGGUCACGAGGCUACAGUGCCGUGCCCAGAGCCACCCCGAGGUCCCCAUCUCCACCCUGGGCCAGGUGGUGCGGUGUGACCGAGACGUGGGCCUAGUGUGCCACAACCGUGACCAGCAAGGACCUGCAGGGCUGUGCCUGGACUACGAGGUGCGCGUGCUGUGCUGCCGCUUGCCCGAUGGCUGCCCCUCCACCGCUGUGACCUCUACCACCGAGGCCUCAUCUUCAGCCCCAUCCUCUAUGGUGUCCUCCAGCUCUGGGGCCCCCCCAGCUCCCCACUGUUUCUGCCAGGUGUCUGGCCAGCUCUACCCCGCAGGGUCAGUCAUAUACCACCAGACGGACCUCGAUGGCCACUGUUACCAUGCCCUGUGCAGCUGGGACUGCCAUGUGGUCAGGGGCGUGGACCCCACCUGCCCAACCCCUACACCAUCUCCAUCCACGUCUACACACAUCUCUCCGUCACGGUGCCUACACACUGUCCCCCAAAGAAAGAAAGGUGAGACUUGGCCAAUGCCCAAAUGCUUGCAAGCCACCUGCGAGGGUGACAACGUCGUCUCCCUGAGCCCGCGCCCGUGCCCGGAGCUGACACCGCCAUUCUGCGCCAAUGGCUACCCGGCCCUGAAGGUGGCCGAUGCGCACGGCUGCUGCCAGCACUACCAGUGCCAGUGUGUGUGCAGCGGCUGGGGUGACCCGCACUACAUCACAUUUGACGGCACCUACUACACCUUCCUGGACGACUGCACAUAUGUACUGGUGCAGCAGAUCACGCCGGUGUUCGGCCACUUCCGUGUGCUGGUGGACAAUGACUUUUGUGACCUGGAGAAUAGCGUGUCCUGUCCACAGUCCAUCGUCGUCGAGUACCAUGAGGACCGGGUGGUGCUGACCCGCAGGCCGGUUGGGGGGAUCAUGACCAACCAGAUCCUCUUCAAUGGUGAGGUGGUCAGCCCUGGCUUCCAGAAGGACGGCAUCGCCGUGUCCCGCGUGGGCAUCAAGAUGUACGUGACCAUCCCUGAGCUGGGCGUGCAGGUCAUGUUCUCGGGCCUCAUCUUUUCCGUGGAGGUGCCCUUCAGCACAUUUGCCAACAACACUGAGGGCCAGUGUGGUACCUGCACCAACGACAGGAAGGACGAGUGCCGGAUGCCUGGGGGCGCACUGGCCACCUCCUGCUCGGAGAUGUCCAAACACUGGAGGGUGAACACCACGGAUCAGCCCUUCUGCCGUGGGCCGCUCCCAACACCCACCGCCAUGGAGCAUGACCCCUCAGCGUCCACCUCUGCUGUGCCCGCUCCCCCGCCUACCCGGUGCCCACCGUCGCCCAUCUGCCAGCUGAUCCUGACUGAUGUCUUUGGGCCCUGCCAUGCUGUGAUCGAGCCGCUGCCGUUCUUCGAGGGCUGCGUCUUUGACCACUGCCACAACACGGAGCCAGAGGUGGUGUGCUCCAGCCUGGAGCUCUACGCCUCACUUUGUGCGGCCCAGGGCGUGUGCGUGGACUGGAGGAGCUGGACCAACAACUCUUGCGCCUUCCCUUGCCCUGAGGACAAGGUGUACGAGCCCUGUGGCCCGUCAGACCCACCCUACUGCUACAGGAGUGACAACACCAGCAACCCGGCCCUCCCGGAGGCCGGCCGCAUCACUGAAGGCUGCUUUUGCCCGGGUAGUUUGAAGCUGUUCAGCACCAACGCCCUCGUCUGUGUGCCUGAAGACUGCCCCAGCUGCCCAGGGCCCCACGGGGAGCCGAUUCAGCCGGGCCAGAUCAUCAGCGUGGAUUGCCAGGAAUGUGUCUGUGAUCCAAUCACAAAGUCCCUGACCUGCCACCAGAAGGCCUGCCCACCGCCACCCACCUGCCACAUGCCUGGCUUUGUGUCAGUGCCCAUGAAGCCCAAGGCGGGCCAGUGCUGCCCUCAGUAUAGCUGCGUGUGCAACUCCAGUUACUGCCCCAAGCCCCAGGACUGCCCCAAGGGCUCCCGCCCGACCCUGACCCACGAGGACGGGGCCUGCUGCCCGAGCCAGAACUGCAGCUGGACAGCGUGCAGCGUCAAUGGGACCCUCUACCAGCCCGGCUCCGUGGUCUCCUCCAGCCUGUGUGAGACAUGCCGCUGUGAGGUGCCCAGCAGCCCUAACUCGGAUGGCUUCUUGAUCAGCUGCGAGACCCAGAUCUGCAACACCCACUGCCCCAUGGGCUUCGAGUACCAGCCCCAGCAGAGGCAGUGCUGUGGCGAGUGCGUGCAGAAGACCUGUGUCGUCGCCGUGAAUGUCACCGGCCAGCCCACUCGCCUCCUCCUUCCUGGCGAGUCCUGGUCCGACCCCGGGAACCCCUGUGUGCACCACACGUGUGAGCGCUACGAAGACCGGCUGGAGGUGGUGACGGUGAAGAGAGAGUGCCCCCCUCUCAGCUGUGCCCGGGCCCAGGCCCAGCUGAGCCAGGAUGGCUGCUGCCUCUUCUGUCCACCAGCGCCGACAAUGCAACCCCAAGAGUGGCCCUGCACCCUGCGCCGCCGCGAGCAGGUGCUCCAGCACCAGAACUGCAGCUCUGCCUCGCCUGUGCGCCUUGCCUACUGUGAGGGCUUCUGUGGGAACAGCUCCUCCAAGUACUCUCUGGAGGCCAAUGCCGUGGAGCACAGGUGCCGCUGCUGCCAGGAGCUCCGGACCUCACGUGCGACGGUGACGCUGCGCUGCGCGGAUGGCUCCAGCCGGGCCUUCAGCUACACCCAGGUGGAGGAGUGUGGCUGCCAGGGCCUGCAGUGCCAAGCACCUGCAUCACGGAAGGCAGAGUCUGAGGAGAGCUGGGGGCGGGGGCCCAGGCCUCUGCAGUGACCCUGCAGCACCUAGAGGCAGCCUCACGUCCUCUGAUCCUUGUUCCCGGGACCUGGCCUCACCGCCUGCCUCCCUGCGAGAGGGUGGAUGCACCAUCGGUACCCGCGCAGAGCUCGGGAGAUUGGGAGCUUGGCUGGGCCCUUGGCCGGAGCAGGACUCCAGCACCACACUGGGGUCUCGGGUGGCAGGCACAGCCCUGCCUCGUGUGCCAGCUCAGCCUGGGCCAAGCCCUCCUCAGGACACAGACGAUCUUUUUCAUAAACACGCUUGCAGCACUGCA